GACCUAGUAGGAACGAUUGUUUUAGAGAGGUUGUUGAGCCGGAUUUAUUUAAUGCAGCACAAUCAUCUUGACUCUAAGGCAUUAUGAAGAAGGAGCAAGUUGCAAACUGUCAGUUCUCAGUUUGGUAUCCUUUAUUUAAGAAACAUACGAUUAAAAGCUUGAUUUUUCCUCUGCCCCAGAAUGUAAUCGAUUACCUUUUGGACGACGGGACACUAGUGGUUUCAGGAAGCGACAGCAACAAUCAGCCUCCGCAGAGCAACAACAACGCCUCUGACGACGAGGACGACAUUCAGUGGUCUGACGAUGAGACAACUACGGUUGUCACGGCUCCAGAAUUCCCUGAAUUUAACUCAGAAGUUCAGGAAGCAAUAAAUUCCCUGGGAGGAUGCGUCUUCCCUAAACUGAACUGGAGCGCACCGAGGGAUGCUAACUGGAUUGCCCUGAAUAGCUCAUUGCAGUGUCAGAGUCUCAGCGACAUCUUCCUCCUGUUUAAAAGCUCGGACUUCAUCACGCACGAUCUCACUCAGCCGUUCCUGCAGUGCAGCGACGACUCUCCAGAUCCGGUUAUUAACUAUGAGCUUGUUUUGAGGAAAUGGUGCGAGCUCAUUCCUGGAGGCGAAUUUCGCUGCUUUGUGAAAGAGAACAAGCUGAUUGGAAUCUCUCAGCGAGACUACACACAACAUUACCAGCACAUCUUCAAACAGGAAGCUGGGAUCUCCUCCUCCAUCCAGCUGUUUUUCAGAGAGCACGUUCAGCACCGGUUCCCCAACGAUGACUUCGUCUUCGAUGUGUACAGAGACAACAUGGGUCGCGUGUGGCUCAUCGACUUUAACCCUUUCGGCGAGGUCACAGACUCGCUGCUCUUCUCCUGGGAGGAGCUAACAUCUGGAACCAGUCUCUCAUUACAGGACGGUCCUGCUUUCCGCUACACGACCAGCGAAGUCACCGUCCAGCCCAGCCCGUGUUUGUCUUACCGAAUCCCACGAGACUUCCUGGAGAUGUCCACCGGAGAGGACGCUUAUAAGCUAAUGGAUUUCCUCAAACUGAAAAAAGGCCAGCAGGAUGCCGAGGAAGAGGAGGAGGAAGAGGAGGAUGAGCCUCACAACCCCAUUGUGUGACAUCGACUUGAUGAAGUAGAUUAAGUUCUCCUGCUUCCCUUUUCUGUGAUCUCAUCAGGGACAUUUUCUUCAUUUUACCCACAUAAUAAUAUACAUACUGUAAACUUCCACCGGCUUCACCAGGUGACAAAACACAAAUACGCAAAACAAACCAGAACAACACGAGGACGUUUGAGUUACUGUAUAAUAUUGUACUGAUAAACGAAGAAGUAAAGAUGUAACGAUAUUAGAAAGCGCACAUGUAAAUGUAACGAUAAAACCGUUUGAGUUUUCUUCUGAAUAGAGGAACAAGCUUUAUAUCAUUA